UUGACAUUUGGUUCAUAUGUUUAUUUAUAAUUAUUUGUUUUUAAUUGUACCAUAAAAAAUUGGGUCAUUAUUUCAUACAUUAUAAUUCAAUUAAAUAUGAAACCUGCUGGGAUAUUAGUUUUAUCAAAUAUUAAAAAUAUUAAAACUGCAAUUACAGAAAUUAAAAAACUUAUUAAAAAUCUUUAUAUACAUUUAAAUAUUCCUUCAGAGGUCAAAGUACAAGUGCCUCAAUGGAGUUCAGUGAUAAGAGAAAUUUAUUUGGAUUCAUCAUAUUAUGAUUCCACUAUAGAUGUACGAAUACUCGUUGAUCCGAUUAAAAAGCAAAAAUUCUCCGAGUUGCGAAAUGUCCAGCAUAUUUUUUGUGACGGACAAUUUUCUGAAAUAUGUGAUUCUUUAAAAAAAUUUUAUCAAAUUGAUAAACCGGAAGUUAUUUUAAGCAAUGAAACUCGCCCAUGUUUCGAAAUUGAUUGUAACAAUGCUGAAAAUAUGGAAUAUAAAACAUAUGAUACUGUAGUUUUGGGUGGAACAUUUGAUAGAAUUCAUACAGGUCAUAAAAUCUUUUUGACGGAAGCUGUUCUAAGAGCUUGUAAAAGACUUGUUGUUGGUGUAACUGAUGAAAAUAUGUUGCACAAUAAAACGCUUACAGAAUUAAUUUUACCUACCGAGCAAAGAAUUAAUGAUGUUAAAAAUUUCCUUUCGGAAAUUGAUUCCAAUCUUCAGUAUGAAGUUGUUGUUAUACAAGAUGCUUUUGGGCCCACCAAAUCAGAUCCUAAUAUGGAUAUGAUAAUAGUAAGUGCAGAAACAUAUAAGGGAGCUUUAAAAGUAAACGAAAUUCGAAAAGAGAAUGGCUUGAAAGAAUUGGAAAUUUUUACUAUUAAGUUAGCUGAAGCUGAUAUAGAUGAAAAUAAUAAACAUAAGGAAUCUAAAAUAAGUUCUUGUAAUUUAAGAAUGGAUCUUUUAGGAACAUUACUUCAAGAGCCUGCACCACGAGUAAACUUGUCUAAACAGCCCUACAUUAUUGGUUUAACAGGGAGUAUAGGUUCGGGAAAAAGUGUGAUGGCACAAAGACUUGGGGAAAUGGGAGCGUUUGUAAUAGACUGUGAUAAGGUUGCACAUGAAGUUUAUGAACCAGGCACACCAGCAUAUGAAAGCAUUAUUGCACAUUUUGGGCGAGAUAUAAUUGAUUCUAAUAAUAAAAUUGACAGAAAAAAAUUAGGAGCUAUAGUUUUUAAUGAUUCAAAAGAAUUAGAAAUAUUAAAUAAUUUGGUUUGGCCAGCGAUAAUGAAAGAAGUAAAACGAAAAAUUUCGGAGUUGAAGGAUGUAAAGAUAGUUGUGUUGGAAGCCGCUCUGUUAUUACGAGCUGGAUGGGAAAAAGAGUGUCAUGAAGUAUGGUCCAUGAUAAUUUCACCAAAUACAGCGAUUAAAAGAGUGCAAGAACGUAAUAAAUUGUCCGAAGAAGAAGCUAGAAAGAGAAUUGAAAAUCAACCUCAUAACAAAGAAUUCGUCAAAAAAUCCAAUGUCAUAUUUUCAUCUGAAUGGAGUUAUGAAUAUACAAAAUAUCAAGCAGAAAAAGCUUGGAAAAGUUUAUGUGAUCGUAUUGCUGGUUUUUAGAAAUUUGAAGUAGUUGGUGACAGGAUCUUCAUUGUGCAAAAAAAAAGAAAUUAUUUUAUAAAAUUCGUUUUUCUAUAUUUUUUUUCAUGAAACUUGUUUUUAUUUUAUAUUUUCUAAAUAAACAAAAAUGAUUUGAUCAAA